CGCCGCGGGAGCUGCUCCGGCCACACCAUGCGGGAGCUGGCCAUCGAGAUCGGGGUGCGAGCCUUGCUCUUCGGAGUCUUCGUUUUUACAGAGUUUUUGGAUCCGUUCCAGAGAGUCAUCCAACCGGAAGAGAUCUGGCUCUAUAAAAAUCCUUUGGUGCAAUCAGAUAACAUACCUACCCGCCUCAUGUUUGCAAUUUCUUUCCUCACACCCCUGGCUGUUAUUUGUGUGGUGAAAAUUAUCCGGCGAACAGACAAGACUGAAAUUAAGGAAGCCUUCUUAGCGGUGUCCUUGGCUCUUGCUUUGAAUGGAGUCUGCACAAACACUAUUAAAUUAAUAGUGGGAAGACCUCGCCCCGAUUUCUUUUACCGCUGCUUUCCAGAUGGAGUGAUGAACUCGGAAAUGCACUGCACAGGUGACCCCGAUCUGGUGUCCGAGGGCCGCAAAAGCUUCCCCAGCAUCCAUUCCUCCUUUGCCUUUUCAGGCCUUGGCUUCACGACGUUCUACUUGGCGGGAAAGCUGCACUGCUUCACCGAGAGUGGGCGGGGAAAGAGCUGGCGGCUCUGUGCUGCCAUCCUGCCCUUGUACUGCGCCAUGAUGAUUGCCCUGUCCCGCAUGUGUGACUACAAGCAUCACUGGCAAGAUUCCUUUGUGGGUGGAGUCAUCGGCCUCAUUUUUGCAUACAUUUGCUACAGACAGCACUAUCCUCCUCUGGCCAACACAGCUUGCCAUAAACCCUACGUUAGUCUGCGAGUCCCAGCCUCACUGAAGAAAGAGGAGAGACCCACAGCUGACAGCGCACCCAGCUUGCCUCUGGAGGGGAUCACCGAAGGCCCCGUAUGACCAGUGUCCUGGGAGGAUGGACGCUAAGCCCUGGGCACAUCUGCCACCCUGACAUCAUAACACAAUAGAAAUGGUUUUUUGUAGUGUUUUUCAUCAGUUGUUUCUCAAAGUCAUCGUACUUCUGCUUCUGUUUCACUGAUGGUGUUCCUGCUACUUUAAAUGUCUACUUCCAACAUCCUUGAAUUUGCAAACGAAGGACACCAGGAACAAUCCCUGAGAGACGUGUGGAAGAGGCUGCGAAGGUGGGGUUUGGGGAGCUUGGCCGAUUCCUCUAUCCAAAGUGUUUGCUGUAACAGCCACCUUCCUAUGUUUUCAUGGUUGUAAAACACAAUAAAACCUCCCACCUGGAAGAGUUGG